AUCAAAAAGUUAAUUAUCAAAGACACAUCCAAAAAGAGCAAAAAUAAUGUUUAGAUUCACCAGUUUUCAAUGAAAAGUAAACUCAUCAAGACUUGAGGCAAGAACCUGAUUAUGUGCGGUAUGUGUGGAGGUAGUAUUGAAGAUACCAACCAUCUUUUCAUUCAUUGUAAAGUUGCUUUUAUGGUCAGGAGUAAGUGUGCACAAUGGUGGAGGUUCCUCUCAGUGCAACUCGAGACUUGCCAAGAUGAUUUUGAACAACAUAGACCCCCUGUCAAAGACUGUUUCGUGAGAGCUGGGUGGGAUGUAGUAUGGUUCUCCAUUGUAUGGUCAUUGUGGCUAGCAAGAAAUGCAAAGAUUUUCAGGAACCAGGAGCAAGAGACUGACAGAAUUUUUGAGCUCGUUCGAUUAAGAGCCUUCAAUUGGAUCAAGGGCAGGACAACGUGCUACUCUUUCACCUUUCAUGAUUGGAUGCUGGAACCUGUCCUAUGUCUUAAAGAUAAAAGAGGUACACGUUAAGUUUUACCUCCAUGAUAUGCAGGUUGUUGUUAUUGUCACUUAGUGGUUGUUUGACUGUGGCUGCCUUUUCGCUGGUAUACGUCCCCAGUCUUAUGUUAGCUGGUAUUUAUCCUGGUAUUUUGUUAUCCUGCAAGGUCUGAUGAUUUUGCCAUUGAGCAGUUAGUUGACUUUGGCUAAUUCUUUUGUUGGUACAUAGUGAUCAAUUUUAUGCUAGCUGAAGUCAGUGGAUGCUCAGUGAUAAUCUAUUUUGUAACACGAGCAAGAGUACACCUUAUACUCCAUUAAAUAAAUUUCUUUUGCUGUG